GCGAGUGUGUGUAUGUGCGUGCGUGCGUGUGCGCGCACUGCAUCCACAUUCCUAUACCUUCUACCUUUUCCUUUCAUGCACGCUUAGAUGCAUAAAACGAGAUCGCCCAAGCCUGAACACCGUCUACACCUGACUUACCUGGAAACCCCACUUGUGUGGGUUUAGCAAAGCCAGUUAUGGCUCUCAGACAAAGUUCCAGAGCAGUGCCUGAUUGUCCACAAUACAUCUCAUCUCUACCAGAGCAGACAGUUAAACCCUCGAGAGACCAAAUGGAUCCUGAAGAACCUCAUAGCAGUAACACAGAAAGCCAGUCAAGCACACCAGUCCCAUCUAGCCACUGUCCCAAUGAUGGCUCUGUCUCAGGGAAGGAUUUCGUCCAUGGAGAAAGCCCAAUUCAUCAUGACAACAUGGACAAAGACUCACUGUCUGAAUAUGAUAAUGUGGGAUCAGAGGAGGAAGAAGAAGAACAGGACUAUGAGGAAGAUGAAGAACUGCAUACCGAUGCAGAUGGGCUGACUUACUAUGUUCACUGUUGCCCUGAAGAUGAAAGCUAUUUGGAAGGAAUGGACUGUCAUGAGUGUGCUGAAAGCAGUGAUAGACCAAGUACUUCCAAAAAAACAGGUGCUGGAGGUAAACCAGAGGAUGCCUGGGAAUUCUCUGAGGGGUUUUAUGAAGUACUCCAGCAAGGUACAGAGGAGCUGGUCCACAAAUGUCCCCAGCCUAUUAUUGAGUCUACGUUCAUACAGGCUCCCAUGGCUGAGGAUGAAGACGAUGAUGAAGAAGAUGCCGAGGAAGUAGAUGAUGAUGAGGACGAUGUUGAUGAUAAUGAUGAUGAUGCUGUGGAGGAAGAUGAAACAUAUUUUUCUUAUAAACAAGACAAGACCGAAGGUGGUCAGGAUGGAAUUAUUUGCAAAGGGCAAUGUGAUGUACAAGUAGACUGUAAAAAUCCUCACCAGGUUUCAACUUGCAGUAAAGGAACAACAAGAGGAGAAAAGGACUUAAGUAAAGAGUAUGGACCAGAUGAAAGAAUCUCAAAAAAAUGUAACAGUGAUAUCCAGAGGUCAUUUAUUUGUCAGAGAGAUGGCAUUAAAAACAACACUGCUGAAGUUAAGGUUGAUUACUCCGAAAACUGUGAACUAACAGAUAAAAAGACAAAACCAAUAAUCAGAGGACAUCAGACUUGUAAGGAGGACAGGGGUAGCAGAAACGGCAUAUUCAACACUAUGACCAAACCAGAAAAUCCUGUGGAUAGAGAAAAUUUUAAAAAGAGACAUUCAUACAGAGAUCAUGGAAGAGACAAAAAAGAAGAUGUGUGUUUGCAUGUGGCGAGUGAUAGUUCUGAAGACAAUAUAGGCAAGGGACAGGGAAGUCCUAAUAUCUAUAUAGCAAAGACCAGGCAGGAUAGGGAACGAUUACUGGUCACAGGCGAGGAUACGGAUCAGAUCAGAACUGAAGUAAGAACAAAAAUAAAAGUAUUACCUCAGAGCACUGGUGUAGACAGGGGUGUAUCUGAGACAUCGUAUGACAAGAGAAGGAUCCCAGAAAGUUCUAAAGCAUCAGUGCUUAGACCACACAGGGAAGAAUACACAUCCAGUACCCCUACCACACCCAUGCAACUUUGUGACCCACAGCUGCAGAAUGACCUAGCCAGAUCCAGUGAAGAAGACUCCAUGAGGUCCAAUCAGGCCCAGGUAACUCACAGUAGCCCACAGCACUGCACAGUAAAUCCACAGUCUGAAACUAAUACAGCAGCUAGCAACCAUAAUCUCCCUCAGCAAGGAAAGAGAAAUCACACUUUUCCCAGCUUUGUGGAUGUUCCAGGCCCAUGUGAACCAGAGGACCUUAUCGAUGGGAUUAUCUUUGCCGCUAACUACCUCGGAUCCACUCAGCUUCUCUCAGACAGAAACCCUUCCAAGAGUGUGCGCAUGUCACAAGCUCAGGAAGCUGUGGACAAAGUAAAGUGUGUGGAUAAAGAGAGCCAGAGCCCAGUUGAGGUUGACCUCUUCAUUUCAACGAAGGCCAUCAAAGUGCUUAAUGCUGAUACACAGGAGACAAUGAUAGACAAUGCUCUUCGGACCAUCUCCUACAUUGCAGAUAUUGGCAGCGUGGUAGUCUUGAUGGCUCGCAGACGAGUGGCGCAGUCUGCUGCACUCGACUGUAAUGAAACCGGCAUGAACUCUGCAGAGGACAGGAAGCAGUACCGAAUGAUCUGUUACGUCUUUGAGUCUGAGGAUGCUCAGCUUAUUGCACAGUCCAUUGGUCAGGUGUUUAGCAUGGCCUACCAAGAAUUUCUGAGAGCCAAUGGAAUUAACCCUAAGGACCUCAGCCAGAAAGACUACAGUGAUAUUCUUAAUUCCCAAGAGAUGUACAAUGAUGAUCUCAUCCACUUUUCAAACUCUGAGAACUGUAAAGAGCUACAACUGGAGAAGCAGAAAGGGGAGAUUCUUGGUGUUGUGAUUGUAGAGUCUGGCUGGGGGUCGAUCCUGCCCACAGUUAUCCUGACAUGCAUGCUGAACAGUGGGCCUGCUGCUCGUUCAGGGAAGCUGAACGUGGGUGAUCAGAUCAUGGCUGUGAAUGACACAAGUCUGGUGGGCUUACCCCUAGCCACCUGCCAGGGCAUCAUCAAGGGCUUAAAGAAUCAGUUACAGGUAAAGCUGAGUGUAGUAAGCUGUCCUCCUGUGACCACAGUGCUAAUAAAAAGACCAGAUCUGCAGUACCCUUUAGGCUUCAGUGUACAGAAUGGCAUAAUCUGCAGCCUGAUGCGAGGUGGAAUAGCAGAACGUGGGGGAGUGCGUGUGGGUCAUCGAAUAAUUGAGAUUAACGGACAGAGUGUAGUCGCCAUGGCACAUGAGAAAAUUGUCCAUGCUCUAUCAGUGUCUGUCGGAGAGAUUCAUAUGAAAACUAUGCCAGCUGUGAUGUUCAGACUGCUCACUGGACAAGAAACUCCAAUGUACAUCUAAUGGCAAUGCUGGUGCUCUGGAAGCUCUGUGAUGCUCAGCCCUGCCUGUGCAACUCAAAUUUGUCUAUACAAAAAUAUUUAAUGAGGUUUUCUUAGCCUUGUCCCCUGGAGUAACUCAUUAAGGUUUUAUUUACAUCUCUACAACAGUGUUUCUAUACUCAUCUGGGCAAAAAGUGUACGGUCGUUUUAAUCCCUGCUUCAAUCAGGCCUAUGAGCACAGCAUCCGUGUUGUGCACUCUAGUAGUAUAGCAGUUUGCUAAUUCAGUAUCAAUACCUUCAAUACAGGAGAAAGACAUCAAGCUCAAUCCUAAUUUAAACAUGUUCUUCAGUGCAUUUACACUGGCUAAGCUUUGCCAUGAACAGAGAACUCUAAGGGCAUGUUAUGUUUAAUUCUCAUGUUGUGGCACGGUCUAUGCUGGACAAGCUGUUUUGGUCUAACACUGACAAAGUAAAAGACUCUCCAAAUAAAUUAGGUUUGCAGGG